AUGACUGGGGUUUCCACUAUCGCAUGCCCGGUGUGCCGAGCAGUAUAAAAUUCUAGCGGCAACAAUGACAGCACCGUGUUCAAUCUUUUCAGAGAUAAAUUCUCGACUCGCCAUUCAUUCUUUUUUUUUUGGGCGGCAAAUAUCGACCAAAGAGAGCUUCAAAAGAAAAGGGCAAAAAGGAAGCUGCUCGGCAUCGAUCUGCGGCGGGGCCCGCCUCGGUUCAUUUUGUCCCUUUUCCAUUUAUUGGCAGCACCGGUUAUUCUGCUUUUUUUUUUCAAUCUAGCGCACCUUCAUUCUUCGCCUUUUGAUAGGAAAUUGAAUAUUUGUGUUUGGGAAAAAAAAAUUGAAGAAAACAUGGCGGGAUUCCUGAUGAAGCAAAUGGUGGGCAACCAGCUCAAUGAAGUCACCGGCGGCCUUGGCCUCAAAAACGACGACGGUGGCGGCGAAAAGACGGAGACUGGCGAAGAUCCCGAGGUUGAUUGCUUGUGUAUACACAAAUUCUGAUUUUUAGGUGGUUGCGGCACGGUUGGAGCAAGAAGAGCGACGCAAGGAAAAGCACCGAAAAAUGGAGAACGAACGUGAAAAGAUGCGACAGGGCAUCCGUGACAAGUACGCCAUCAAGAAGAAGGAAGAAGGCGCGGCGUCGGCGAUGGACUUCACAGAAGGUCGCAUUGGUGGCGCCCGAAAAACGCCCGAGGUCCGCAAAAACAAAAAUCUUCGGGAAACGGAGAAAUUUAGGAGCUGGCGGCGGAGAUGAACGCUCAAGACGACAGUAUAAUUGGGCAACUCGGACUCACGGAACAGGUGGAAAAGGCCAAGACGAUGGCGACAGGAGCCUUUGAAGCUGUCAAAGGAUUUCUUCCCUUUGGAAAAUGA